AGGAAGCAAAUUGUCUCGCAUGGGCGUGAUUCCAGUGAAUCUAAUUGCCGCGAUAAAAUUAUUGAAUUGUUCUUCACUUCAGAUCAGCAAGAUUCGAUUAACAAUUUGGUGAAAUGCUAGCCUAUAUUUGUAAACAACUGUGUGUGAUAGAUGAAUAGUGGUCUUAAGACCGACUGAUUGCAUUAUCAUUCAAGGCGCACAAUUAUCUUUUCAAUAAUUCAGAUUGUGUCUUUAAUUAUAACUUAGUCUAUUAUUGAGUUACAUCUUCAACAACGGUCGACGGUCUAACAAAUGAAUAUUGCGGAAUUUUUCCUGGGAUCUAUUCCCUUGCUACUCCAAUUUUAUGUAGAAAUGUACCGUGAAACCGACCUAAAAAAUACGAUGGUCGAGUUGGAAAGUGAAUUUAACGUUCCAGUCGUGAAAAAAUACGAUUUCAUUAUCGUUGGCGGUGGAUCCGCUGGAUGUGUGUUAGCUGGGAGGUUAUCGGAGCAUUACAGUGUAUUGUUGUUGGAAGCAGGAGGCUCUCCUCCUCCUGCAACUUACGUUCCAUACUUUACAGCUGAUGUUGGGCGCGAUCCAUCUAUCAACUACUUUUUCAACACUGUUCCCCAAGCUAAUGCAGCGUUGAGUAGUGAUGGGGUCGCACUAACUCACACUGGUCGCAUGUUAGGAGGUUCAGGAAGCCAUAACGACAUGGUACAUUCAAGAGGCAGUCCAAGAGAUUACGACAAUUGGGCGACGUUGCUGAACGAUGAUAGUUUCAACUACACGAAUAUUUUAAAGUUCUUCAAAAGAAUGGAAACUUUUGUCGGGCCAAAGUAUGGCAAUGAUAGUGACGAUUACUACGGCAACGAUGGCCCAAUUGAAGUAUAUACCAGUGAGCUUCCUAUCCUCGGUACUUGGCUUGAAGCUGGAAGAGAACUUGGAUAUGAAAUCGGAGAUCCAAAUGGUUUUCAAAGGGAAGGCUUCGCACCAAUGAACGUUGCUAGCAAAAGUGGCCGACGGUCCAGUUCAUACAUCGAGUAUGUAAAACCGUACGAACAUACUAGAAAUACACUGACAGUGCUGCCAUAUUCGACAGUAUCCGAGAUUUUAUUGGACGACAACAAAAAGGCUUAUGGAGUGGCCUACUCAAGACAUGGAUUCCCACAACUGGCCCAUGCUGAAAAGGAAAUUAUCUUAAGCGCAGGAGCAUUUUCUUCACCUUUACUUUUAAUGAAAUCUGGCAUCGGCCCCGUAGCCGUUUUGAAUGCUGCAGAAAUUCCAGUCAAAGUUCCAAUCGAAGCAGUGGGAAAUAACCUUAGCGAGCAUGUGUGUUUCAUUAUGACUGGAUUUACGGUCAACGAUACGUCCUUGUUUCCGGCAAUUCGAAGUUCAGACGCGGAAAAAAUCUUUGCAGAAUACGAAAAGGGCGAAGGAGUUUUAUCAAUUGUUCCAGAAGGUCCUCAGUGCUUCAUUAGGUCAUCGGUCGCGGAGCCUGGAUGGCCAGAUCUGUGGCUUGAAAUUGCUCCACAUAUCAGCAUUGACGGCGAACAGGAGAUCGUUUUCUUGAAUGUAGUUGGUCGUCCGAGGAGCAAAGGAACACUUUCAUUAGAUACCGAAAAGUACAGGGCCGGAAUUAGAGACGAUGUUGAAUUGGCUUUAAUCGAUUACCAAUUCUUAACACAUCCUGACGAUGUUACUGCUAUGUUGGAUGGCGUAAAUUUCAUUUUCCGAAUAGUGGAGACUGAUGCUUUUAAACGUAUAAAUUUGACAUAUUCCGCUCCGCCCGACCCUGCAUGCAGUGCAUUUACAUUUUUAUCGAUCGAAUAUUGGAACUGUAAAAUGCGACAAGACACUUAUUCUUGGAUUCAUAUGGUGGGUACCUGUAGGCUAGGAUCUGAUUCGGAUGACUCGAACGCAUCAGUCGUCGACACGAAAUUCAGGGUUCGUGGUGUGUCCAAUUUGAGAAUUGUUGACGCCUCGGUUAUUCCUGAAGUUACAAAUGCCAAUCUAAACGCGCCGGUCAUGAUGUUAGCCGAAAAAGCUGCCGAGGAAAUUAUUAACUUGUAUGGGGCCCAAUCUAGUACCACAUCAAGCACCACAACAACAACAACUACUACUACCACACUUAGCCCAGAUACAACUCCGGAAUCAAAUGGAUCAAAAUCGACUGUGAGUAACACAGUCGCAUUUACAUUAAUUUCUGGACUUUUGCUUUCCGUAUUUUACUUUUAAAUAAAAAAAAUGAUGCGUAGGAUGAUGCUUCAAGUAG